AUGGUAGCAAUAAAGGAUUCAAAGGUGGAAGCCAUGAUGAGCCAAGUAGAUUUCAAGGAUCCUGUACUGUCGGAAGGACACGAGAGUUUAUUGAAGGCUUUUGUGAGAGCUCACCCAAAUAGUAAAUUCUCAUCUAGUGAAAGGGACCAGAGAUGCUGUACGUUUCCCGCAAAGCAAAAAGCAACAAACUACUAAUAUGAACGACAGCAAGUCUAGCAAUUUUGCUCCACGGACCGAAAAUCACGGAUAAGUCUCUCACGGUGAAAGCGCUCGUGUCUCACGUCAAUAGACCACUAUACACCAUCACUUGCACGGAUUUUGCACGAGAACUGGCUAAUCAUUUCGAGCGACACAAAAUGAAAUUGCAUUAUAGCAAAUCCUGA